GAAAACAGAUCUUAGUUCAAAGUGCUUAAGCAUGCACAAUCAGCACAGGGUUAGCGAGUCAGUGACAUCGGAAGUUACUUCCCAUUUUCCAUCUGCUGAGAUAGAAACUGCUAAGGGUGACUUUAAUGAGAAAAUGUGUAUGUUGAAGAACAGCGGAAGAUGUUUGACACUUGAAUUACAUCGCUGUUCAGAUUUACAUUCGGUGCUCGAAGGUUCAAAUUCCGCCCCAACGAGUAGACAGGUUUUGGAAGAUUUCGAGAGUAAAAUGGACAGAUGUCUACAUCAAACUCCGCCUGAUUAUCCGUCAAGGGACAAUUCUAACGGAACUGUUGCUCUAGUUGCAAAGAAACCCUCAUCGGGACAAGAGUCUUCAUCUCUUGAAGCGAUUACAGAGAAAAUACCAUGUUCAUCUCGAAGGUGGGUGAAUGAGUGCGAUUCUAUUGAGCGUGGGACUCUAUCCCAAAUAUUAGCAAGUUCAAACUACUCAAAAGAAAGUCUGCCUUCAGUUUCCUCCUCCAGUACUUCAGAGGUCCUGGACAAUAUUUCAAGUUCUUCGCCAACGAAAAGCACUGAUGGUCGCUCUAAUGAUGAAUCAGAAAUGAAGUCAGACUUGUUGGGGUUUGAAGAAGAAGGAAGUAGUAGCAGUUUGUCUCUUUCGGAAUGCUCCUCCCAUUCAGACCAUGGAAGCUAUAGCCAGUCACGUCCUACUGUGGAAGAGAAGUUUUCCUUUGAUAAAUUGUCUGUUGCCGAACAUUCAUUUAGUGUGUCAGUUGGCCAGCAGGAUAGAAUUGGUGCGCAUUAUUCAACCCAAAAAGAAGACAGAGAAAUAACAAACAACGUUGAACAGCACAAGUCGGCUGAAACUGCUGAAAUAACUUCCCGUGAGGAAUGUCAGCUCAAUGUAGUACCAAAUGUGAAUGACGUCACUGACGAAAAUAUGUUCGACGCUUCUUCUAUUUCAAACUUGCCCGAAAGGAAUAGAAACUUGAAAAUGCGGGAAUCUAUAGAGGACAACCAACCUACUGCUAGUAUCCAAACUUUACCAAUACCUGUUCGGCAAACUGAAGACAGUGGUAAAACGACAGGACGAGCUUGUGUGAAACGGAAAGUUUGUAAAGGGAACAGUGAAUACACGACACCAUCUUCGCCUCGUGCUAAACAGUUUCUUCGUGAAAUGAAUUUUAAAUCGUCUUCAGCUCCAUUAUUACGAUUGCAGACCAAUUCUUUGACACAAGCUAACCCAAGGAAGUCACCAAGUGCUCCUGCUUCUCCUGAUGACGUCAGGUGCCUUCAGGAUACAACACUCGAAGAAAACAAGGUUUUCAAUCCUCCUCGGUCUCAGUCUGUCAGGGAGUUAUCAGAGUUGGAGGCAAUAGAAGCUUGCAAUUGGCUCAGAGCAGCAGGAUUUCCGCAGUAUUCCCAGAUUUACGAAGAUGGACAUUUUUCAAUUAAUAUCAGUAGUGUUCAAGAAGAUCAUAAAUUCCUUGAUCCUGAUUCAAUUCAAGCAUUAAUCAGACGGCUAAACAUUUUGAACAAGUGUGCAAAAAUGAAGGUAGAAAACCUGCCACGGAAAUCUAUUCAGCCUCCAGAAGAAAGUGAUGAAGAACAAUGUGCACUUAGUGAAAACUGGCAAUUUCAGCGUACUAGUCGUAGAUGGUCUCGAAUUCCUUCACCUCUGGAAGUUAGCAUUGCUGUCAAUAAACAUCUGAAACACUCAUCUCCUACAGAGCAAUUUUUUCCAGACAAUGACCUCUUCACAAGUAGCCAUGAUAGUGUAUUUAUGGAUGAUCAUCAGAGUAGUCCUGAUAGUCCAAGAGUAGCCUAUUUAUCCAACUUUGAAGAACAUAUAACCAGUGAUUUCUUGUGUGUCCCAUUGGAUGAAGAUCAUUUUACAUCUGGUUCAGGAGGAUCAACUAGUUGUGGUUCUGAGAAGUCAUCAGAUUUUUCAGAAAAUAGCUUAGAAAGCCUUCGUCGUAGUGGGAGUGAAAGAUUUAAAGAUAGUGCAAAGGCUUUAUUACGAAGAAUUGAAAGUCUCAAAGGAAAACGUAAAAAGAAGAAUCGUGAAGGUUUAGUGAUUGGUGAGCAACUUAUCGCAAAUGAGGUAGCCAAUGAUUCAUCACAAGGCAGUGAAGCAGAUGGCAGCUCACCAAGUAGUUUGGCACCUUCUCCACAACUCUCUUGUCACAAAACUCCACAAGACUCUGCAUCUGACCAAGGUUCUCUUCAAGGAGAAGGUUCUGAAGAGAGUCAACAUAUCACACCUCAAGUGCAAUACAGAAAAAGGUGGCAAAGACAUCAGGAGACUGACUUGCAUGUUGCUAGUACUUCAGAAUCAUCUACACCAAAGCUGUGGCAUCAUGGCAAAGAUACAAACAGCAAUGUUACAGAAGAUCUAAAAGAAGAGCAUUCUGCCAGACAAAAUAACCAAGAUGAGAACAUCUUUCUCAAAGAAGACAACAAUGGAAAAUUAGGAAAAAACAGAUCUAAUAUUGAUAAUAAAAACAUUAAUAAAGAAGACAGUGACUGUAGUUCUUUCACUAAAUCAGCUCAGCAGUUGCCAACAGAGAUCUCUAAACAAAAAGGAGGUGAAGAACAGGCUAUACAGAUUAGCAAUGUACCUCCUCCAACAAUUAUUCUCAGUCGAACAACUUCAGUUGAACAGUCAAGCAACAAGCCGAAUAGAAAUAUUAGAGAGGACUUAGACACUGAAGUACUCAGCUCUCAGGACGAAGGUGAGAGGUUGAUGUUGAGCACAAGAGAAAGACGAGACUCUGGUGUUGGCUCAUCUCUGACUAGAAGUUCUUUGUGCAGCUCAGCAUCGCAAACAAGAUGGCAUUGGUUCCCCUCAAUUCGACGUCAAAGUUCCAUAAACAUUCGGACAGUUACAUCACAUGGCCUUCAUAUUAGUAGCUUAUCAGCAUCCCAGUUAAUGAAAUUAAGAAAGUUAGCCCUUCUUAAAAUGACAUCUCUGAUGGAAAAGUACAACCCUACAAGCCGAACCGGAUGGAACUGGGGAGUACCAAAAUUUAUCAAAAAGAUCCGCACCCCAGACUACAAAGAUAAGGUAGUGUUUGGAGUACCAUUGCUUUUGAUUCUUCAAAAGACUGGUCAGCCUCUACCUCCUUCUAUUCAAGCUGCCAUGCGCUACCUUCAGAAGACAGCAGUAAAUGCUGUUGGUCUUUUCCGAAAGUCUGGAGUCCGAUCACGAAUUCAGAAGUUGAGAAACCUGAACGAAUCCAAUCCAGAAAACAUAAGUUAUGAAGACCAGCAACCCUAUGAUGUUGCAGACAUGUUGAAGCAAUACUUCAGAGAACUUCCAGAUGCUUUAUUAACCAAUAAGCUAUCAGAAACCUUCAUCAGCAUCUUUCAGUAUAUCCCAACUGAGAAUCAGAAAGAAGCAGUACAGGCUGCUAUUCUAUUGAUGCCUGAUGAAAAUCGUGAGGUACUCCAGUCUUUGCUCACAUUCCUUCAAGAGGUUUCUCAGUGUUGUGAUGAAAACCAGAUGACAGCAACAAACCUCGCUGUAUGCUUUGCACCAUCGCUGUUUCACCUCACCAUUCCAAGAAGUGCUAGUGCCAGCCCAAGACGAAGGAAAACCGUAGGAGUUCCAGACCAACGGGAGAUUAAUGAGAACCGAGCUGCACAUGAAUGCUUAAGCUACAUGAUCACUAACUGCAAGCAACUGUUUUCUGUAACAGAGGAAACCCUUCGACGAGCUAAUGCUGAGCAGUGGGAACCUCCGACAUUAGAAGAACUUGGAAGCCUGACCAAUUCCAAGAACUAUAACUGGAAAACCCAUGUUGAAAUGUAUCUACAAGGAUUGCAAAAGGAAGCACGUGAUAAGUUCAAGGGCUGGAUUGUGCUUCCUCACAAUGAUUCCGUGGAAGUUUCAUAUAAAAAAGUGGAUGAUGGUCAUCCAUUGAGGCUAUGGAAACUGUCAGUUGAAGUGGAAGCUCCUCCAGUGGAGUUAUUGAAUAGGUUAAUGAGAGACAGAAAUGUGUGGGAUGACUCCUUAGCAAAAUGGAGAAUUGUUUCUAGACUAGACAACCAGUCUGAAAUAUUUCAGUACGUCUGCAAUUCAAUCAGUCCUCAUCCUCCUAGAGAUUAUUGUGUUCUCAGGUCCUGGGUAACAGAUGUUCCCAAAGGUUCUUGUACACUGGUGGAAAUGUCCAUUGAUCAUUCUGAUGCUCCUUGUUUACAAGGGAGUGUACGAGGAGUUGUGCUUGCCUCACAUUUCUUGAUUGAACCUUGUGGGGCCGGCAAGUCUCGUGUGACUCGUAUUUGUCGAGUUGAUACUCGGGGAAGAUCACCAGAAUGGUACAAUAAAUCAUUUGGCCAUAUAUGUGCUCUUCAACUCGCACGUCUCAGAGAUUCUUUCACACAUGGAACAGAAGGUCCUGAAACAAAAGUCUAACUCCAUAUUGUGGACCAUCUAACUAUUCCAUUCCAUAUUGUCCCUUUUUGUUCUUGUUUAUUGAGGCAAGUUUCAGAAAGAGGGUCUCAUUUCUCAUCUAUUUUAAAUGUAUAAUUCCAAACUAGUCAUGGGCCUUCAUUAUUCGUUUAAAAAAAAACAACAACAAAAAACACAGAAUUCAUGUGUUCAUGCAUGUAUAAACAUUUCAGGUUGUUUACAGAAAACUUUUAAAAGGUCCUCCUUACUAUUAAACAAAUGCAAAGAUAUAUUGGGCCAAUUAUAAGGACCUUCUGUAGUUUGUAGUUUUUCAAACCAAAAAGGGUGAGUUUUUGUGAUACGUGCCUCAUAAACUGGACAAGACCCAGUUAUUGGACCUGUCACAUAAGCCUUUUAUCAUUCUGAGAUUUGUAUAGUCUGUUUUUGUACAAAGAAAAUGAGCUAAUGUGUAGUUUGUUCUUAAGGAUUUUUAAGUUUGCAAAUUACAACUGUUGGUAUUUAAACAUCUUUCUUGUAAUCGUUAAUAUUCUUUUCCUUUCUCUUGACAAUGCCUUAUAUUAGCUGCAUACAUUUCAGAUUCUCCAGUGAUUUAUGGUUUUCGUACAUUAUAUUAUGUUUGAAGUGUUUAUAAUAUUUGGUGACGUUUAUGUGUUGUGUGUGUUGGACAACACCCAAAAUAUAUAUUUGAUUACUGUACAUUGUAGAAGAAGCCGCUUCAAAUAUAUAAGAUUGAUUUCAGGCCAGUUGUAUUGAAGAUGUAUUUUUAACAAUUACCGAUAGUUUUUUUUGUUACACGUUAAGAUAUUUAGCUGUUUUAAAAGUUACUUGUACUCUAUGAAUAGAUUGUACAUUUAUUAUACAGUAAUACAUAUAUAUUGUGUUAGAACACCAUGUUUGUGUAAUGCACAUUCAGUGUUUCAUUGUUGUAAGUCUAUAAAGAAAAACAAUUAGUUAUAUUAGUUAUGUACAAAAUAAGAUAUUAAUUCUUUUCUUUUGUGAAAAUCUCUCAUUGCUUGACUGUUUAAUUGUAAAAUGGGUUGUGUAAAAGUGAUAAUUAAACAAAGAAUGUGCCAUUUUCUGUUAACUUUGAAAUGAUAACUUGGUUAAAUAAUCAACUGAUGCCCAUUAAGAUUAGUAGAAUGUUUUUAUUAUUGCAUUUUUUUCUGGAAAUUAAAAAGAAAAAUACAUGUAAAGGUAUGAAAUGUUUUAUUGUUGUUGUUAUUAACUGACUCUUAAACUGCAUUUAAGUAUGUACCAGAAUAUCUAAACAUGUACAUAUAAUAUAGUCUUCAAAACUGGCUGGUGCUUAAGUUUAGUGAAAAAUGGUAUAAAAUGUGAUGUAACCUGUCAAAAAGUUUUCUUUCGUAUAUCUACUAUCAACAUGUAAUUGAUGAUGAUACUGUACAAAACUUAAUUUCUUAAACAAUUUUUUUUAAUCAUUUCAAUAAUACUUCUUUUACUUUAUAUAUCCUUUUUAUUUUAUUGUUAAUUGAAUCUGGCUUAAUCCCAUAUUGUACUUACUCAAAGGCAUACAGGGGAUUUUUCAGAGGGGGGCUGUACAAUUUUUGCCCUUUUGUUAAAAUUUCUGCUACCAGUUUUUCCCGAUUGAAGGUAAAAAUUGCCCAAAUCAUCGUAUUUCCUGCCCUCGAAUUUUUUUCUAGGGAAAACUGAAAAUUUGUCUGAAUGGCCAUCUGUAUUUCAAGCUAUGGGGGAGCUGCCACUCCUUCAAUACCCCACCUUGUACACCUAUGUACUUACUCAUAAAGGAUUCUCUUUUGUCAUCUGAGCCUCUGGUAAAGCAUUUUUCAAUGUCAACUUAAGUUGGUAAAACUACAAGCCUGGAAAAAAAAACGUUAUUUAACAUAAUGGUUAAUGUUUUUGGCUGCAGAUUGAAAGGUCCAAGGUUCAAGACAUGAUACUACUGAACAUGCUUUGCACUUUCAGCUGUGAGGACAUUAUAACUUUAUUUGGUUAAGAAUAGUCACAUAAGCAGUGGGAACUACUGACUAACUGUCCUCCCUCUGGUUAGAAGUUAUAAGUUAGGAAUGGUUAUGCCUGAACCUUUGGGGUCUCCGACUUGACAAUUUAACCCAUGUGUUACAUAGAGUAUUCUUCCAAUUGAAAAUACAAAAACCAAACAAUUUUGCAAAAUUCUUUAAAAACUAUAAUUGACAUGUUUUGUAAAAUAUCUUUACAUUGACAUUUGCAAAUUUGUUAUUGCCAAGAAGAUAGUAAAUGAAUGUUUGAUUUUCAAAUAUCAUGUUACAAUGGUCAAUUUUUCAUUUAAAAGAAGUUUUGAUAUCAAGGCAACUGCAAUGAAGCUUCUAUUGGGGGGGGGGGGUUAAUGUGAUCGGAUAUUCCAUGAUAUUCCAGGUGAUCUGAUGUGCUUGGACAUGGUUUAAAUAUUAUGUUGACAAAAAUUGAAUCCUGUUCUUUACUUAUCUGUAUUAUAUUAGGUGACAUUAUGAAUAUUGUUAUUUGGUGCUGGUAGUAGCAAUACUACUUAGGAUUAGGUCGUGUAAAGUUAAUUAGUUGGUUCUCUGACACGUAGGAGUGGUUUUGUAACCUGCAGGUUGAAUGUUUUUCUCUUCUCCAAUUAGAGACAAGAUUAUUUUUGUUAAGUUCAAAAGAUAUAUUGCAGGACAAAUGUUUGCCUUCAUUUGCAUGUGGAAACACAGCCAGGGGAAUAGAAGGUUCGAAGGACAACCCUAAUUUUCUACGUAUGUUAAAAUGUUUUCUGACUUUUUAGAAGGUACAUGUUUUAGGAAAAAGACACCCCUCCCACUUUGUCUAGCUGGCUAUGCUACUGGUAUAAGACCAUAAUUGAAUGCAUGUUUUUUUCUCAUUGAACUGGGUAAACUGUUGUCUAGUAGCCUGAUAAAAUAAACCUUUUUACUUUGUGAUUUUGAAAAACGUUUCUCCUUUAGAACCGUGUUAUUAGGUAACAUUAUUUUAGGUUGAAACCAGUAACAAUAAAAAGGAUUCUAUUUAAAGGAACUAAUAAGAUAUAUAUAAUUUAUUAUUUAGUAGUAUUUUAUGCAUUGUUUAUAAACAUUCGAAAUUUCAUUUGCUUCAGGUUGACUUUCACAUAUUUUAAACAAUUUUUUUCUUCAAGCAUUUGUUUAUUGUUUGUGGGUUUUUUUUCUGAUUAAUCAAAUUCAGUUGGUGUGCUUUGAAUUUAACCAUGUAAAUGUUUUUAAUAAAUUUGUAUUAUUACUUUGAGAUUCUGAUUACAAUGGGAACCACUGAAGUUUUAAGAAAUAUUUAGUGAUAUUUACAUACAUUUUUGGAUUUCUUUUUUAAUUAUUUGUGAAAAUGAAAACUGUGAAGCAAGGAAAAAAAAAAAGAUUUAAUGUAAAAUAAGGUGUGAAAAUGUAAAACAAAAUAUGAAUUUUAACUCAGUGUAAACUUCUAUUGGUAAUUUUACAAAAGCACUAUUUAAGUUGCUUUUUUUUCCCCAUUAGUUAUAAUACAGCAUUAACAAUGUGAAAAAAAAUAUGUGGACCAAAAUGUUACAAUUACAAUUCAGUUGUUGUUUGCAUGAGAAUAUCAUUACCACAUAAUAACAUAGACAAUGGUCUAUAUACAACUACAAGUUAAUGCAAUGCAUUUCUCUUAAUGUUGUAACUGCUAACCUGAAAUGGAUGUACAAUUAUAAUAACUGUCUUUGCAGUUCAUUCUCAUAAUAUGCCUUUUUUUCGUAAAUUCUUUCCGUAUAACUAUGUUAUUUCAUUAUCGAUUGCUUUAAGUAUCAAAAGAAAAAAAUUGUUAAAUAAUAUCAUUGUAGAAAAAUGUAGAAACUCCUUUUUAGGUCUUUAAAUCAACAAUUUGCCUUUCUUAAUGAAAUCGUACAUAGAAGACAAAAAUAUAGAAUUAUUUAUUUUCUUUGAAAAUAACGUUACAAACAACGAAAGAAUCGUUCCAUAAGUUAUAUACUCACCUAAGUUGGUCCAGAAAUAUGAAAGUUGAUUAGUUUACCCCAUGACAAAUUCAGUAAUCUUUAUUUGUGUUUAAAGUCACUGGUAAAUCCAGAUGAAAUACUUCGUAAUUUGCUGACUGAGAUGUUUUAGCAGCUAUUAUGUUAUAGAAGUCAACAAUAAAUGUUUAUUUCAGAAUUGUGUGCGUUGCACGGUGCUUCUGAAGAAAUCAAAAUGAUGAAAUAAUGAGCAACAAACGAACCUCAUCUCUGAGAAAUUAGGUCGUUUAUUUAGUCAAAUUUGACGAAGAAAUAUAGUAACCGUUUUUUUUUUUAAAGAAUAUUACACCUAGUAAUAAGUAAAAUUAUAAAUGAAUUCCUGGCGAUAUGAAGACUUAAGAAAUAACCAAGGUACACUUAUUAAGAUUCUGUAUAUUUAUAGUUCAUAAGUGUGUUUUUUGCUGCUUUAAUACUCUACAAUAUCUGCAUUACUUGUCGAUAGAUUUUAUUGUACCAAAUUGUUGUUUCUCGCAAAUUACGAAAAUUAUGAUGUGUUACAUUUCUCAAACAGGUAACAAACCUAACUUGUACAAAUCGUGCUAAGAAUAAAGUUAUUGUUAAACUACUGA